AUGGCUGCUGGCACCGGAAAGGCUCUCGCAGGGAAAAUGGAGAAAGAUGAGGAGAGAUCCCCCGAUCUCAUCAACGUCCUUCGACCGUGCAUUUUGGUGGGGAAAUUUUGCCUCGCUUUUCCCACGCUGCAACUGGACUUGUCUCGAAGCAUCCGUAAGACGUGGCUCCAAAUUUUCCUUUGCAUUUUGGGUUUCGUCCUGAUCCCGGCGGGAAUCAUAUACGAGCUGAUUUAUUCGACUUUGGAUUGCUUCUAUGCCGAGCCGAAAGCUCGAAUCAAAGGAAUGUUUUCCUACUGCAUUACCGUGUCGUUCCUUUGCAUGAGCAUGGCCUUCUAUUUCGUAUCUGUUCAUAAGACAGAGACUUUGAGUCGCCUGGCCAGACUUCAUGCUCGAGUGGAGUCCAAGCUCUCAACGUUCUUGAUUCACUCUUCUCUUCCAAGGCCUGGGGUGAUUGGGUUGGUUUCGAUUCUAACCGUCGUGGUCUACGUCUUCGCAAGUGAAGUACCCUGGUUUGUCAAAUGGAUUCAGACCGGAUGUCUGAUAGAAUCGGGAAACUCAACUGUACCCUUUGGAGGAUCAGUGGAAGUCUUCGUCGCCAAUUCCAUCCUUGACAGCUUCUUCCUAAACUUGUAUUGGGGCAUGAGUUCGGCACAGACGUUGCAUUGGGAGCUGAUACAGCUGGUGAAGCUGACAGAUGACGUAAUGUCUCCUGUCACCGUCUUCUUCUUUCUGGAAGUGAUCACCUACGGCAUUCACUUGUUGGUUGUCUUGAUCGAACAACCUGACCUACCUAGUUUCUUCAAUCUCUUCAAAAUGUUCUUCUCAAUUCUUCGAGCUUGUGUCGUCAGUUAUUCUCUCUCUCAGGUUCAUGAAGAGGGCGAAUUCCUGCGACGAACACGGGAGAAUCACCUCCACACGUUCGUCAUUGGUGGCGUCGAUAAGUCUCUCCCAGGGAAAAUGGAGAAGAAUGAGGAACGAUCCCCCGAUCUCAUCAACGUCCUUCGACCGUGCAUUUUGUUGGGGAAAUUUGUCCUCGCAUUUCCCACGCUGCAACUGGACUUGUCACAGAACAUCCGUAAGACGUGGCUGCAACACUUCAUUUGCAUUUUAGGUUUCAUCAUAUUUCCGGCGGGGGCCAUGUACGUUCUGAUCCAUGAGACAUUGAAUACCUUCUAUGGCGAUCCCAUAUCUCGGAGCAAAGGAAUGUUUUCCUACUCCACGGCUGUUUCGUUCCUAUGCAUGAGCAUGGCCUUCUAUUUCGUAUCUGUUUAUAAGACAGAGACUUUGAGUCGCCUGGCCAGACUCCAUGCUCAAGUGGAAUCCAAGUUCUCUGCGUUAUGGGUUAACUCUUCCCUUCCAAGGGCUCGAGUAAUUGGGCUGGUUGCGACUCUUGCCGUCAUUUUCUACUUCGUUGCAAGUGAAGGACCAAUGAUCGUCGAAUGGAUUCAGACCGGAUAUCACAACGCAUCGGGAAACUCGAUCGUGCUGUUUGGAAAUUCAAUGGAAUCCUUCAGCGUCUAUUACGCCUUUAACGGAGUCUUAUUCAACUUGCAUUGGUGCACGACCUCGGCAUUCUUGUUCGCCCUCUCAAUCCCCCUGAUAACGAAACUUAAGGCAUUCAACAGGGCUUUGAUGGAUGGAAAAUUCACUGCCAAGCAGGUAUCAUGA